GCCGGGGACGCAGGGAGGAGGGCGGCUGGGCCGGAGCAGCCCGCGGCGCCGUGCUCCUGCAAGCUCGGGACCGGCCCCUGCAGCUGCCAUGACUCAGCCACCCCAGGAGGGCUUCGACAGGAGCGUGGAGGACGCCCGGGCGUGGAUGAAGGCCGUGCAGGAGCGACUGCAGAUCAACGACAACACCCAGGGGCCCCGGGCAGCCCUGGAGGCCAGGCUGCGGGAGACCGAGAAACUAUGCCAGCUAGAGCCGGAGGGGCGCGUGAAGGUGGACCUGGUGCUGCGGGUGGCCGAAACCCUCCUGGCGUGCUGCCGUGAGGACCAGAAGCCCGAGAUCCUGGCCCAGCUGAAGGACAUCAAAGCCCAAUGGGAGGAGACGGUCACCUACAUGACUCACUGUCACAGCCGCAUCGAGUGGGUGUGGCUACACUGGAGCGAGUACCUGCUGGCUCGAGAUGAGUUCUACCGCUGGUUCCAGAAGAUGAUGGUGGUGCUGGAGGCCCCCGUGGAGCUGCAGGUGGGCCUGAAGGAGAAGCAGUGGCAGCUGAGCCACGCCCAGGUGCUGCUGCACAAUGUGGGCAACCAGGCCGUGCUCCUGGACCGGCUGCUGGAGGAGGCGGCCUCCCUGUUCAACAGGAUCGGGGACCCCAGUGUGGACGAAGAUGCCCAGAAGAGGAUGAAGGCCGAGUACGGUGCGGUGAAGGCCAAAGCCCAGGACAGAGUGAGUCUGCUGGAGCAGAUGACCCGGGAGCAUGAGCAUUUCCAGGCAGAUGUGGACGAGUUCCAGUUGUGGCUGAAGGCAGUGGUGGAAAAGGUGAGCAGCUGCGUGGGACGGAGCUGCAGACUGUCCACCCAGCACCGUCUCUCCAUGCUGCAGGACAUCACCGAUGAUUUUCCCCAGGGUGAGAAGUCCUUGAGGAGGCUGGAGGAACAGGCUGUGGGCAUCAUCCAGAACACCUCUCCUCUGGGUGCAGAGAGGAUCACCGAGGGACUGGAGGACAUGCGCAGAGUUCUGGAGAAGCUGUGCGUCCUCUGGAAGGAGGAGGAGGAGCGGCUGCAGGGCCUGCUCAGGUCCAUGGGGGCCUGUGAGCAGCAGUGGCAGCAGCUGGAGGCCGAGCUGGGAGAGUUCAGGAAGGACCUCCAGAGGCUGGCCAAGGAGGCCCUGGAGCCCGCAGCAAAGGCGGGGACCGAGGACGAGCUGGUGGCCCGCUGGAGACUUUACUCGGCGACGCGGACAGCGCUGGUCGCUGAAGAGCCCCGGGUGGCCCGGCUGCAGGCCCAGCUGAAGGAGCUCAUCACCCUCUCCCGUAACCCGCAGCCUCUCUCCGACAGCGUGGUCGCUGCCCUCCAGGAGUUCCAGAGCAUGAAGGGGAAGAGCACCAAGCUUCGCAAUGCCACAGGGCUGGAGCUGUGGCAGCGUUUCCAGCGGCCUCUGCAGGAUCUGCAGCUGUGGAGGGCCCUGGCCCAGAGGCUCCUGGAUGUUACCGCCAGCCUGCCAGACCUGCCCUCCAUUCACACCUUCCUGCCCCAGAUCGAGGCGGCCCUGGCCGAAAGCUCCCGCUUGAAGGAGCAGCUGACGGUGCUGCAGCUGAAGAAAGACUUGCUGAGGAGCAUCUUCGGCCAGGACAGAGCGGCGGCCCUCUUGGAGCAGGUGGUGAGCUCCGUGCGGGACCGGGACCUGCUGCACAACAGCCUUCUGCAGAGGAAAAGCAAGCUGCAGAGCUUGCUGGCCCAACACAAAGAUUUUGGGGCUGCUUUUAAGCCCCUCCAGAAGAAGCUCUCAGACCUCCAUGGCAGGGUCCAAGCUGAGAAUGGGCUUCAGCAGGACCUUCCUGGGAAACAGGCCCAGCUUUCAAGGUUGCAGGGGCUGCAGGAAGAGGCGCUGGACCUGGGGGCACAGAUGGAGGCCAUGAGGCCUCUCGUCCAAGGGAACCCCAGCCACCAGCACAAAAUGGACCAGAUUUCCACCGACUACCAGGCCCUGCAGAGGUCUCUGGAGGAUCUCACGGACAGGAGCCAGCAGAGUGUGCGGGAACACUGCACCUUCCACCACGAGCUGCUGGAGCUGCGACAGUGGAUUGCCAUGGUCACUCAGAAGCUGGAAUCACACCAGGAGGAUGCGGGCCCAUGGGACGCCCAGUCCCAAGAGGUCAAAGUCGAGAGGCUGCUGGCUGAAUUCCCGGAGAAGGAGGCCCAGCUGCCCCUGGUCGAAGCGCACGGCCAGCUGGUGAUGAAGAAGUCUUCUCCGGAAGGGGCUGCCGUGGUCCAGGAGGAGCUAGAGGAGCUGAUGGAGUCGUGGCAGGCCCUGAGGCAGCUGGAGGAAAGCCUGCUGAUCCUCAUCAGAAACCGGCAACUGCAAAAGACGGAAGUGGAUUCAGGGAAGAAAAUGAUUUUCACCAACAACAUCCCGAAGGCUGGGUUUCUCAUCGAUCCCAUGGAUCCUGUUUCCAGGCGUCCCCGUCAGGCAAACCCGCUCCAGGAAGACGGCAGCCAUGAAGGUUUCUCCCAGCUCCUGAGGGACUUCGAGCAGUGGUUAGAGGUGGAAAAUGCCAAGCUGGUUAGAAUCAUCGCGAUGAGAACGGCCACCGCCAAGGAUUUGAAGACCAGGGAAACGAAGCUACAGGAGCUGGAGGCUCGGGUGCCAGAAGGUCAGCAUCUCUUCGAGAACCUCCUCCAUCUCGGGCCAGCAAGGGAGACCUCCAACGAGCUGGAGGACUUGCGUUACCAGUGGAUGCUGUACAAGUCCAAGCUCAAGGACUCUGGCUACCUGCUGACACAGAGUUCUCCAGGGGAGCCGACUGGAUUCCAGAAGAGUCUGCGGUGGCCGGCGCGGUGGCGAGGACUCCGCUCCCUCUUCCCGAAGGUGUGCCGCGUGGCGCUCCCCCUGCAGCUCCUGUUCUUACUCUUGCUGCUCUUCCUGCUCCCCGUCGGGGAGGACAGCCGCAGCUGCUCCAUGGUCAACAACUUUGCCAGCUCCUUCAGGCUCAUGCUCCGCUACAGCGGCCCGCCGCCCACCUGACCCCAGGCGGCCCCUCUCCAUCCCUCCGCUCUCCCCAGCACUGCUUCGGGGGCUGCGGAGGCAGGCGGCCGACGGACACGUACUCUACUGACGUUCUCCAAAGAAAACCACUUUUUAUACGGUGUCGUCUUAGUCUAUUUAUACAGAAGCUGUCCUGUGUGUGACUAGGGGAUACUGGAUAGAAUUUUUAUAGCCUCUGUAUGUAGAUGCUCAGUCUUUAUCGUUUCAUAUAUGAUGUCUCUUUGUGGGGGGCGGAUUCCUAGCACUUUGUGGGUCCAGUGGGAUUGGGUGGCAUUUUGCCUUGGUCUGCAGUCCCCCUCCUCCCCUGCCCUGAAAAGCAGGAGCAAAUAACAUGUCACUUAUGGCCACCGCUUGCCCGGAAGCCAAGCCCCGAGCCCAGCUGUUAGUGAGAAGACCCCUGAGCUGCGGACGUGGAAGAGCCACGCAGGCCCUCCCUCGGCGCCCGGUUACUCUUGCUUUAAGUACAGUGAGGACAAAGGACAGCAGCUUAGACUCUGUGGGUUGGAAGCAGAAGCGGUGAUUAUCGAAGGCGGGCCUGGUGACAGCAGUGACAAGUGACAAGUGAUAGAGUGGUAUCAAGGAAGGAAAAGAAGAGCUAUAGCGAGCAGACCCAGAGCAAUGAAACAGCACACAGCAGGGGGCUCCGUGGGCGGGGGCGGGAGCGCUAACCACAACCCCCCGCCCCCCCAGCCUCCCAUAGCACAGAGUGACAGUGGAGGUCCGCGGCCAUGACACUGAUCCGAAGGCACGCUGAGCUGGGGCCCCACGUGCUGUGUGCAAGGAGAAGGGAAGGAGAGUAACUUAGUCGCGGGAGUCUUCAUGCAGAAUGGGGAGCGCGCUGUGUGCGGCACCCCCAGGAAGAUGCGUCCCUUCUGUUGCUCUCUGCUUUUUCACGGUCUGCGACUCAAGCCGAAGGGCCAGAAGGGGAGCAGCUGGGAGGCCAGGCACCAGGGAUCGAGGGUCCAGGACAGAGAUCAGAGAUGGACCUUGGAGCUGAGCCUGUCUGCGGGGCUCUGCCUCUUCCUCCCCGGAGAAGGGACUUCAGAGAGGGGCGGGUCUUCUGGGCCCCGAGUGUCCCACACAUGGCCUCACAAGGGGCCAUGGCCCAGGCCGCCCCAAACCCCAAAGGAGGCUCCCUCUGGGCAGGGCAAGGCUGUUAAUCUCCCUGCAGCCCCUAGGGAGGGGCCCUGCGCUGGGCCCUGAGGCCAGAAACAUGUCCCUUCCUCCCCAGGGAAUUUUGGAUGGCUCCUAAGGGCGUUAUAACUGGAUCGUGUUUUUCCUCAAUCAACACUAAGUGUCCUUUCAGAAAACGCCUAGUGCCCAUUCUUUACAAACUGACUUCGUCUGUAGGAGACCAAGACGGGGUCCUGCAGGCCUUUGGGGUCACAAAGUGUCCAGACCCAGAAAGGCCCUGUAAAGGGAGGGAAACGGGGGAUCCAGGAGGGUCCUGACUGCCGGCACCAAGCCCCUUCCCGCAGCACUCCUGCACACUCAGCUCCUCCCUCUCCAGCGGCCGAGGAGGGCCGGAACCCAGGCUUCCCUGAAACUCAGAGGAGCUGGACAUUCACAGGCAGGCAGAUGGUACUGCCCAGAAGAGGUCUUGGUUCGCACUCACACUUUUCUCCAGAUACCAGGAAACCGAGCCACAAGACCAUUCUCCAGGGACCACUGCCGUGGAAAAUCAGGGCUGAGUGAGCCAAGGCCUUGGGCCCAGCUGGCCAAGCCCAGGUGCUCACUGGGCCGUGCGGGUCUGGUGCUGGAAGGUCAGACUAUGGCAGGGCCUACGAGCAAUCUCCGUUCCCACGCUCCCACUUUGCAGGCAGGGAGGCUGAGGCCCAGAGAGGGGAGGAACUUAGCCAUGGCCACACAGCGAGAGGCAGGAAGGCCAGACAGAGCCAGGCACCCCCACCCCCAGGCUCACUGUAGCGGGAACCCCCAUGUCAGGAGCUCCAUCAAGGAGCAGGUGCUCCAGGCGAAGGCUGCUGUGUCCCCUGUGGCCCAUGUCGGGAAGGGGGGAUCUGCACUGUGCAGGCUGUUGGCCGGGAGGGGCGGGAGUGGAGAAUGUCUCUGCAUAUUUUUUAAACUUUGAUAAGGAGGCCAUAGAGCCUGCUUGUUUGCAUAACUUUUUUAAAAGAGAAUUGAUAUUUUCAUUACUUUCCUAUAAAUACAGUUGUGAAAUAAUA